CGUCUGACCGUUUUUGGAUAGCAGCGCGCAUGUACGCAGUUAGUCUGACAAUUUCGUCAUUUGUCAUAAAUAUGUUUUAACACUGACUGUGUAGUUUUCGGUAAAUAGUAACAACAGCAGCCCAUAAAGUACCGGGGAGUUGCAGAGACUACUCAGUGGUACGUGCUGCGGAGUGAACCCCUAGUUUGCCGCGAAACUUUUCAGUGUUUCACCUCAGUCUGCUGUUUCAUAAACUAUUUGACUGCUGUGCUUCACCCCACCGUCUCACCGGCCUAAAAUUGGAGCCAGCUGACUGAGCAGGGCUGAGAAACUGAUGAGGACUUAGCAAUGAAAAUGGAUGAUAAUGGCCUACAGACCUCUCGCUGUGAUACAAGAUGGUCACAGCAACUGUCAGGCCUUCCUCACAAGCUCCUGCAGCGCCUGAUGCCUUUCCAAAGGGAGGGAGUGGAGUUCGCUUUAUCCAGAGAUGGACGAUGUAUGAUCGCCGAUGAGAUGGGUCUUGGGAAGACGGUGCAGGCCAUCGCGGUGGCGUGCGCCUUCAGGCAGGAGUGGCCCCUGCUGGUGGUGGUGCCCUCGUCACUCAAGUAUCCCUGGAUCGAGGAGCUGGAGAGGUGGAUCCCCGAGCUGCAGCCUGGAGACAUCAACCUGGUGGAGAGCAAGAGCCACAUCAUGGGUAUCAGCUGCAGUAAGGUGACAGUGCUGGGUUAUGGUCUGCUCACCACGGAUGCCCGCCCCCUGGUGGAGGCCCUGACCAGGCAGCAGUUCGCUGUGGUCGUGGUGGACGAGUCACAUUAUCUCAAAUCCAGGAACGCAGCGCGGACUAAGAUUCUGGUGCCUCUUAUCCAGAGUGCCAAGCGGGCCAUCUUGCUCACCGGUACCCCUGCCCUGGGUCGGCCUGAAGAGCUCUUCAUGCAGAUUGAUGCUCUUUACCCGAAGAAGCUUGGAACCUGGCCUGACUAUGCCAAGAAAUACUGCAAUGCCCAUUACAGGUUCUUUGGAGCUCGCAGGCAGUGGGACUGUCGCGGGGCGUCCAACCUGGAGGAGCUGCACCAGCGGCUGAGUGAGAUCAUGAUCCGCCGUCUCAAGGCUGAUGUGCUCAGUCAGCUGCCCCCCAAAAUCCGCCAGCGUAUUCCCUUCGACCUUCCUAAGGAAGCGGCAAAGGAGGCCUCGGCCAGCUUCGCAGAGUGGGAGAGACUGAUGAAGGGGCUGGGAUCAGGGGUCGCCACCACGGACAACCCCUUCACGCAGGUCAUGAGCCUGGUCACGCACAUGUACAAACAAACAGCUAUUGCCAAGGCGGGAGCUGUGAAGGACUACAUUAAGAUGAUGCUGGAGGCAGAGCAGCUGAAGUUCCUGGUGUUCGCCCACCACCUCACCAUGCUGCAGGCCUGCGCUGAGGCCGCCAUCGAGGCCAAGGCUGGUUAUAUCCGUAUCGACGGCAGCGUCCCGUCCUCAGAGCGAAUCCAGUUGGUCCACAAGUUCCAGAGUGACCCAGAGACGCGAGUGGCCAUCCUGAGCAUCCAGGCAGCUGGUCAGGGUUUGACCUUCACCGCAGCCAGCCAUGUGGUGUUUGCCGAGCUCUACUGGAACCCCGGCCACAUCAAGCAGGCUGAGGAUCGAGCCCACCGAAUCGGGCAGACGUCCUCAGUCAACGUGCACUACCUCAUCGCCAAGGGCACCUUUGACACCGUCAUGUGGUCCAUGCUCAACAGGAAGGAAACGGUGACCGGCAGCACCCUGAAUGGCAGGAAGGGUUACCUGGAGGCUGCCGUAGGCGACAAGGACAAGUGGGAGUUCCUCAACUUUGCAGAUGCGUGGACGCCGAGCGAGAUGGUGCCGCCGCUGGAGGGAGACGCAGGGAAUGUGAAGGAUGACAUGUUCUUCACUCGAUUUGAGAAAGAGAAGCAGCACGACAUCCGUUCCUUCUUCUCCCCGAGCACCAGCAAGGAGAAGAAGAGGAAGAGAGCUGAGGAUGAGGAAACAUCUCCCUCCAUCUCCUCAGAGACGGCCGCCGCACCAUCUGGCAGUGAAACAAGCUCUGACAAAUUAAAGGAGAAGAAAGAAAAGUCCCAUUCUGAAAUCUCGGCACCAGACCAGGACUUCGCCCCCCAGCUCAAGAGGGUCCGGACACCAAAGCCCAGCCCGAGUCCCAGGUCCAGAUUUGGUGGGAAGCGAAGGUCGGCUGCUGGCUCCUGUAGCCCCAGCACCCAGGUCUCCCUCAUGGCCCCACGAAAGCUGUCAGAGCCCGAUGCUUGUGCCCGUGAGAAGUGGAACUGUGGGGCCUGCACCUACGCCAACAGCAGCCUGCUGCCUUACUGCGAGAUGUGCGAGUUCCCGCGCUUUUCUCCUGCUGUCCAGUCAGAGCCACUCAGGCCUAAGCAACCCCCCUCAACCGAACGGGACCAGGCAUGCGUGGUCCUCCCCAGCUCCGACAGCAAGCCAGAACUCAGCCGGGGAAAAGACCAGACUCCAAAACCACGCAAAGACAAACAGAGCGAGGAGGAGGAUGAGCCUCUGAAAGACAAACAGAAACCAGGAGAAGCAGAGGAGGAGGACAAGCGGCAGCUCAAAGGCAAACAAUCAGUGGGAGAGCGAGGCGACAACGUCGCUGGCGGUGGCGGCUGCCUCCCCCCCGACCACACACAGGACCGGAGAGCCGCUGCGUGUCUGCCGUCUGCUGCUAAUGACGAUGAUGAGGGCGAUGAUGGUGAUGACGCCAGCGCCGCCCAUCCCGUCUACCCGGGCCUGCAGUUCUGCGCCAGCCAGUACACAGACCGAAUAUAUCUUUACUCCAAGGACGGGACUCCGUUGAACUUGAGCUUCGUCCCCCUGGACAUCAAACUAACCAACUGGGACGACCUGCCCGAAGCCUUCAGCCGGCGCCGGGAAAAUCGAAUACAGGUGCUGAGGUUCGUUCAGGACUGGAGCAGCCUGGCAGCCAUGAAGCAGAAACUGCUCCGACGCAGCGGCCUCCUCUUCCACAGCCCCACUUUAGGCCUGCAGCAGCUGGCCGCCACCCAGCGCCCUCACUUCAGCACAAAGAGGUACCUCAGCAAAGACGAGGUGGCCCGGGCCUCCCUGAACAAGGCGCAGCAGGAGGGAGGCAGCGUUCAACUGGUCACCAAGGAAAACUUCUUCACCAAACGGAGGUCUGCUGCUUCGCUAACGCCACCUGCUUCAGAGAGCCAUGACAAGACGUCCUGUAUCACAAUGGACAAUCAGCUAUCAUCACAGUCUGGCUACCUGCAGGCGUUGGACAGUGAGGGCGUCCCUCUGUGUCUGUCCUGCCAACAGGCCUGCUCUACCACCACCGGGCCCUGGGACACUCGAUUCUGCAGCCACAAGUGCCAGGAGGAGUUCCAGUUGCGCUCAAGCCAAACGUACAUGCGCUCGCGAGUGCUGGAGGCGGAGGGGGGCAUCUGUCAGCACUGCGGCCUCCACGCCCACGACCUGUUCCUUAAGGUCCGUGACGCCCCGCCCUCCCAGCGUAAGGAUAUCCUGGACAACACCUGGCUCGCGCAGCUGUCAAUCAAACAGCUGAAUGAGAUGAUCCGCGCUCCGGUCGAAGGGGACUUCUGGCAGGUCGACCACAUCCGGCCGGUCUACAGCGGAGGAGGACAGUGCACCCUGGACAACCUGCAGACGCUCUGCACCGUCUGCCACAAAGCCAGGACGGCUCUGCAAGCCAGAGAGCGGAGCCAGAUGAGGAAGAGCGCUGCAGCUUCCAAGGUUGCGUCAGACAUCAGCAGGUUCUUCGUCAGGAAAUGAAACGCAGGUUUAGUAAGGGUUUGAUAGGUGUUAAAUUUCUUGAAUCACGUUGUUGAGUUCUGACUUUUAGGAUUUCUGCACUUUAAAAAGAAACUACUUCUUUCAACUUAAAAAAAAGUUAGUGUCCAUGCUGCCUUAGAAUAUUAAGUUGACUAAAUUUAAGAAGACAAGUUUGAGUCAAAUAAGGUUCAUCUCAAUCCAGUUCUGUUGAUAUAAUUUAGUUUACAUGACUAAACGGUUUGAGUACAACUGACUCAAGAUCAAAUUACGGAAACAAAAAAUAAGUAAAUUCUGCUGAAUUGAGUUUGAGUGAUGUAAACUAAAGAAAUCAAGCACAAGUGAGCUUCAAGUUAUGUAAACUUGAGGAGUUAAGUACAACUGAACUUAGAUCAAGUUACAUAAACUAUAUAAUGACUGUAACUGUGUGGAUGAAGGUGCAUCAUAAUUCCUCAGUGACAACUCUCAUUUAAGUAUCAGAGCUGCCAUUCACUCUGACAGAUUAGGAUAAAAGGUCCGCUUUCCUUUGAGUCCCUGAUUUUCUUCGACUUCGCUCUCCGAUGAUAUCAGCGGCGUCCUGUCGGACUCUGCUGCACCUGUGGAGAUUUACCUAAAAAACAGUCACGACUGCAUCAAAUGCUAAUUCAGCCAACUCCCCUCUCGUCCCCGAACCGUCACAAGGGCGGUAGUUUUGAUUUAUGAUGGCCCCCUUUUGCUGGAGGCUGAAAUGGAGCAGGUUGUUUAGAGAGAUGCUGCUAUUUUAAGGUUUUUGCAAACUUGGUGAAAAGUAGCAGGUGAGCGAUGAAUUGGGGGCUUUGUGAUUAGAACUUCACAGCAGAAAACACAACCAAGUGUCCUCAUUGGCGCCCUCAACAAGUGGCGCCUUGCAAAUCUUGCUUUUUGGGAGCUAGAUGAACGCUCCCUCGUGAAAUAAAAGCCUAUUUCCAUCUUG